AACCAAAACAAACAAUUUCCAAAAUUUCUUUUCUUUUCUUUCCUUUCUGUGUCAGAAACGGGAAGGAAAGAAAAGAAAAGAAAACAAAAGGAAAGGAUAAUCAAAAUCUUAUAUUAUUUUCUUAGUUAUUAAAAGAAAAGGAGAAAUCCGGCGAUCUUAAGCUCGUUCUCUGUUUCCUCAUUGUGUAUCGUUAGCUGCUGAUCUCUGCAUUUGUGUUUGAAGAAUUUCGUUUUCCUCGAUCUCCAGAGCAAGACAUUAGCUGCUUUUCCACGAUUUCAGGUCGUUCAUUGUCAGGGCUGACACUUUAAGUGGUGCAGUAAAAGAAGAGUUCUAGGUCAUCUCAACAUGAGCAAUCAACUACAAAGGAAAUCAGGUGGAAAUGGGGUAUAUGACAGCUCAAAUGGUAAUCGUGGUCUGGACUUGGAAGAAGAAGAAAGGCCUGAAGGCAUUGUUGAUGGUAACUUGCAAUCAUUGGUUGAGUGGUUAAACCAAAUGGUUCCAUAUUUGGAUUUGCGAUUAGAAGCUUCAGAGGAAGAAUUGAGAGCAUGCCUGAUUGAUGGCACAGUUUUAUGUACCAUUUUGAACAAGUUGAAUCCUGGUUUAGUUGAAAUGAGACGUAACUCCGAGCCUGGCCCAGAAAAAAUAAAAAAAUUUCUGGCAGCAAUGGAUGAAAUGGGAUUGCCUAGGUUUGUACUUGCAGACAUACAACAGGGUUACAUGGUGCCAGUUUUGCAGUGCCUUAGCACACUUAAAGCACAUUUUGAUUCUAUUGGUGGCAAAGCAAGCUUUGGCCGUAAUCAUUCAAGAAGGUUAUGGAAUCUAUUGUUGGCAAAUAGCAAGGGUGUGCGUCAACAUGUUAAUGCACCAACAUUUGGAGAAGACAGACAUCAAAUGGAGGUAGAGUUUUCAGAAGGAAUUGAUGGUUCACAACAGGGGCAUCAGACUGUUAUAUCAGAGCCAUCUGCUGCUUUGCAAUAUGAUGCGGGGCAUAAGAUUUCUGAGGCGUUUCUACCAAAGCAAGGGCAUGCUGAUCUUUCGGAUUCCAAUAUCUUGGAAUUGAUGAAAUCAAAUGGGUUGGAUAAUGCCUCAACUAGAACAUUGUUCAGUUUAUUGAACAGGAUUAUGGAUGACAGUAUGGAAAGGAAGAAUGGUUUUGUUCAGAAUAUGGCACGUUUGAUGAAGAAAGUCAUCCAACUUAUUGAACAACGAUUUUCAACUCAAGCAGAGAACUUAAAAGAUCAAAACAACCUUUAUAAUGUUCGGACAGAGAAGUACCAAUCAAGAAUCAGAGUGCUUGAGACCCUUGCAUCUGGGACUACAGAGGAAAUUGAGGUAUUAUUAUCACAGCUACAACAAAUAAAGAUGGAGAAAACCAAACUGGAGCAGAAGGAAAAGCUUGAAUGGCAGGAUCUCAAUAGAUUGAGGGAAGAGAAAAAUCAUAGUGACAUUGAGAAAUUGACGCUGAAAAAGGAACUGGAAUUAGUGAAGAAGAAGCACGAAGAGCAUUGCUUGGUGUUGGAAGUGCAGUCAAAGGAAACUAAAGUUGAAUUAGAAAAGAGAUUAGAGGAACUUGAAUGUUUUCUAGCAGAGUCAAGGAACAAGGUGAAGGAACUUGAGUCGUUUUCUGAAUCAAAAUCCCAAAGAUGGAAAAAGAAAGAGGGAACCUAUCAGAGCUUUAUAAAUUACCAAUUUAAAGCUUUACAGGAAUUAAGGGAAACAUCUGACUCUAUAAAACAUGAAGUCUUGAAGGCAAAAAGGAGUUAUUUCGAGGAAUUUCAAUGUUUGGGAGUGAAGCUUAAAGGAAUAGCAGAUGCUGCUGAGAAUUACCAUUGUGUGCUUGCAGAAAAUCGAAGAUUGUAUAAUGAAAUUCAAGAUUUGAAAGGAAAUAUUAGAGUAUAUUGUCGGAUAAGGCCAUUCCUGCCAGGUCAAUGUAAGACGCUAACAACCAUAGAGUAUAUUGGUGAAAAUGGUGAAUUAGUUAUUUCAAAUCCAUUAAAACAAGGAAAAGAAAGCCAUAGACUUUUCAAAUUCAAUAAGGUUUUUGGUCCAACAGCUAGUCAAGAGGAAGUAUUUCUGGACACGCAACCAUUGAUUCGAUCUGUUCUUGAUGGAUAUAAUGUCUGUAUUUUUGCUUACGGUCAAACCGGUUCAGGAAAGACUUACACAAUGAGUGGACCUGAUUUAUCAUCAAAAGAAGAUUGGGGGGUCAAUUAUCGCGCCUUAAAUGAUCUUUUCCAAAUCUCUCAGAGCAGGAAAAGCUCCAUUAGAUAUGAUGUUGGUGUACAAAUGGUUGAAAUAUACAAUGAACAAGUCCGUGAUCUGCUAACAAGCAAUGGCACUCAGAGAAGACUUGGGAUUUGGAGUACAACCCAACCAAAUGGGUUAGCUGUCCCUGAUGCUAGCAUGCACUGUGUUAAAUCAACAACAGAUGUCUUAGAAUUGAUGAACAUUGGAUUGAUGAACCGUGCCAUUGGUGCUACUGCGCUGAAUGAAAGAAGUAGCAGAUCCCACAGUGUUCUCACUGUUCAUGUCCGGGGUACGGACUUGGAUACCGGCGCGCUUCUGCGUGGUAAUCUGCAUUUAAUUGAUCUUGCUGGUAGUGAAAGGGUGGACCGGUCUGAAGUAACUGGAGACAGGCUGAGGGAGGCCCAACAUAUAAAUAAAUCACUUUCCGCACUUGGGGAUGUGAUAUUUUCUUUAGCUCAAAAAAGUCCACAUGUGCCGUAUAGAAAUAGCAAAUUGACUCAAGUUUUACAAAGCUCCUUAGGUGGUCAAGCGAAGACUCUCAUGUUCGUCCAGCUUAAUCCUGAUGUAGAUUCUUAUUCUGAAACUAUAAGUACCUUAAAGUUUGCUGAAAGAGUUUCUGGCAUUGAGUUAGGCGCUGCAAGGAGCAACAAAGAAGGAAGAGAUAUUAGAGAUCUUAUGCAGCAGGUUACAUCCCUCAAGGACACAAUUGCAAAGAAAGAUGAAGAGAUUGAGCGUUUGUUUCUUAGGUCUAAUGCCAAUGCCAUGCGGCAAGGUAAGAACUCGCAUAGGAGUGACUCUUCCUCUCCAAGAAGACAUUCAACUGAGAGUCCACGUCAAAGCCCUGAGACAAGUGGAAGGAAAGGCUUGGGACCUUUUGAGAGAGUUGCUUCUGACUUUGAUAAUGGUUCCGAGUACAGUGAGAAACGUUCUGAAGCUGGUUCUCUGCAGUCAAUGGAUGACUUCAGAAAUCGUCUGCGACAGUCAAAGUCAGUGGGGUCAGUGCGUGAACUAAGACUUCAACAGGAGAUUCUCCCUCAGUCAAAGCUUAGAAAAGAUGGAGACCAGAAUUCUAAAGAGGAUAUUGAGCUCUUGCGGUUUGGAGAGGCAGAUUCCGAUGAGAGACUAAGUGACAUAUCUGAUGGUGGUCUUUCAAUGGGAACUGAAACAGAUUCUGCAGAGUUGACUCUUUUCCCUGAAUCUGCAAGACCAGCUGAAUCCCCAGAACCAUCAAAAUCACCUGAAACUGAAAGAUCAGCAGGAGUGACAUCCCCAGAACCAUCAAAAUCACCUGAAAAUGCAAGAUCAGCAGGAGCGACAAAACCAAUUGAUACAGCAGAGAACACAGAGAAACCAAAGAUCCCGAGGCAUCCGAAAAAAUUGAUACAGACAAGAUUGUCACGCUUAUCAUUGAAUAAGAGCUCCACUCCAAGGCCUUCACCAAUGACAGCACCUAGGAAAUCUACUCUUGGUAGUUCGUCUGCAACCAGAAGUUCAAAGCGAUGGCACUGAAACUGGGGAAUUUUGGAUGGUAAAGGAAUUGACACUUACCCGUAGAUUGUAAAUUCUAACUUUAUAUCAUGUUGCUCCUCUAGAUUAUCCCUUACUUCCAUUUUUUCUUUAGAAAAUGGUUUCACUGGAAGUGAUAAACUAGAAAGUAUUUUGUGAUGUAAAAUGUAUAGACUCAAGGAUCAUAGUGUUAAGCCCGUUGGGUUUCCCCCCACUUUUUGUCCA